AUGUCGCGUAUCAUGCCGCAACGGGGAGGGAACCGUGAGACACUCGAGAUCCUAAACCCCUUCCUGCAGGUCCUCCGCUCCGAUGGGCCCAUUCCUAUCCCCAUCAACACUCUCAAGGGGGCGCUGGGUCACUUCCUUGCCACGCUAGAAGACGAGCAGCUGGACGGAUUCGUGACCGACAUCCUGAACUCCAAGAACUUGUGGCGCACACUCUCACCGUCAGGGAUUAUCGAGGCGGUGCGGCCAGCUCCCGUGGUCAAGGUGCGGAACCUCAGGCCGGAUCUCAAGGAUGGAUGGUUCACCCGCGACAAGCUUGGCAAGGCGUGUCGCACCUGGUUGGAGCAGGUCUUCACCGCAAGCAAGAAGGUCAAGAGUGACAACGCCGUGUAUUUCUACGUCGGCCUGCUCGCUGGAGUGGACGACGCGGAGGACAUGAAGUGGGGCCAGCCGCGCCAGGACAUCGAAGAGGAGGUCGUCGUUGCGCUCUCGGAGCGCCUAUACCCCAGGACCUCGGAGGAGAAGAGGAAACAGGAAGAGGAGCUCGAGCCUGCACUCAAGACGUACUGUCAGGCUGCGGGCCAUGUCGACGCCGCGCGUCUGCGCGUUCUCGACCUGAGGAAAGUUGCGCCACAGCUCCACGACGCAAUCUUCCAAUCGCUUGGGUAUCCUUCAAUAGCCGGUGGCCGGCCGAAGUUGGACCUCCAGCUCACGAAGGAGUUGUCGCGCGGCCUGUCGCAAACGAUCAUCGCACUGUCACAGGGUGGCGACCGGAAUCAGGUUUUCGCGUGGGACACAGCGACGGCGUACGUGGCGCGCAUGCUUGACUGCGGAGAAGGAUUCCAGAAGGAGUGGACUAAACGCACCGCCCCUGCUUCUGGAAGUAUCGAGUGGGAGAGGCAGAAGGAGGCGCUCGCGUCCUUCACGCAGGUUACCUGGCCUGUCGUCGAGACCAUGCUGGAGCCACAUAGCUAUGGGAGCAAGCGGGAACGUGUCGACCUCGCAUCACAUAUCGUCCUCACGAUGGGCAAGUUCGCGUCUCCCGCGCAGGAGGAUUCGCAAUCAGCAGCCUUCGAGAACGUGCUCUACGGGUGCCUGGACCUCAUCGCUGCUCACGGCAAGUCGGUGGCAGUGCGCCAGCUGCUCGAGGACCUCAACAAGCCGAAGGUGUCUGACUUGUUGGCUGGGUUCAUCCUUAUCGUCGCCGAGCAGCUCAUCCGCCUCAUCGACGCGCAGAGCAUGCGUGACAUCGUCUUCCCUCUGGCUCAGAAGUAUAUCGUGCGGCCGAUACACCGGGCGAGCUUUGAGGCGGCGAACGCGUUCAUGCUCACUCUUCUCGAUACGGCAAGCAGUACACUCGUGACAGACAUGACGCAGGGGCCCUUCGUCGACGCCCUCACGGUCAUCCUAGCACACAGCCUGCUGCGACACGCGCGCGACGGGUCAGUCAAGGCCGAGCAGCUCGGCGCGGCGUACCCUCUCGUCGUUAAGGCUGCCGGGCGGCGAAGUACCGACCUGGUGGCUCAGUGUAUAUCGAUGCUUGACGAGGCGACGUUCUCGAGCAAAGACUACGAGUUUGCAGUCAAGAAGAUUCGGAUCAUGAUUGCCUCCAAUAUCCCACGUUCACUCAUGCCAGCGUACCUCGACAGCAUCGCCAAGUUGAUUACCAACACGCCGCGUGAGAGUGAGGCGCGCUUGGAGCUGUCUGGGCUCGCGUUCAAGGUCGUGAUGGGGAAUGUUCCGGACGAGAGCAAGCAGUUGGCCGUGGACUGGUGGCUGCAGUGGCGCCGGCGCUUUGAGGGUGGGACGGACGCGCCUCAGGCGAGAUUGUAG